AUGAUCGCCCAGUUAGAACAGAGGUGCAACAUUCUAACCACAGCUAUCCAACGAAACGACAAGGGAAAAGCUUCCCUAGUCGAAAAUCUUUUACAAAAAACUACCUCUCCAGUCACCGAGGAUGUGGCCAACAUUCUACUUCCCGAGAAGUUCAAAAUCCUGGAGAUUCCGUUCUAUACAGGCCUUGAAGAUCCCGCGGAGCAUCUGGAUAAUUUCCGUGCCCACAUGGACCUACACCGAACACCCAAGAUGGUGGCCUGCCGAGCCUUCCCACUUACACUCAUGGGCAAUGCUCGCGAUUGGUUUAGGAAACUUCCACCAAACUCCAUCCGUCACUUCAAAGACCUCGAAAGGAUAUUUCUAACGCAGUUCAUGGCCGGGAGGGUCAGAAGGAAGCCGUCUGGAUCCUUGAUGUCAUUGCACCAGGGACCCGAGGAGUCUCUCAGAAACUUUUUCAUGAGAUUCAACCAGGCGAGGCUCGAAGCUAAAACAGCAACCGACGACUUCAUAUACGGAGCCCUCUUCCAGGGAAUUCGAAAAGAUGGUGCUCUUAUGGCUGAUAUAGCCCGAAAGCCUCCACAGAAUCUAGACGGCUUCAUGAAUAAAGCCGAGAAGUACAUCAACCAAGAGGAGACGCUCCGAGCCUUGCUAGGAUCCGAGCAAACUCACCCAUCCACCUUCGAAAAGAAAAAGAAGAAAAAGGAUCCUCGGAAAGAAGAACGUAAGCACGUUCCAGAAGAAGAGGAGGCCAGGCCAAAGCGAGAUUGGGAGUCGCUCAGAGGUCACAACUGGACCCCCGUCAAUGCUCCCAUCAUGGAUGUUCUCCUGGAGAUAAAGCAAGACCCUAUGUACUGA